AUGAUCGGCGAUACAGCAGAGUUAGCUGCUCCCAUCGCAAAACUCAGAGACGAUCUCCUCUCCGAAGUCCUCCUCCGCCUCCCGAACCCUAAAUCCGCCUGCAGAUGCAAACCCGUCUGUAAGCGAUGGAGAUCCCUCAUCUCCACCGCCUACUUCACUCGCCGCUUCCUUUCCACCUCCACCGCCGCCGCUGCCGACUACGACUCCGACGAAGAAGAAGACGAAGAAGAAGGAUCGUUACCAGAUCACGAACAUUUGAUCGGCUCGAACGCGGUUCCAAAACCCAUCUUAACCUUUCUCCCACUUCUCCCAGAUAGAAUCCGAGACGGGAUCAGAGUAUUGGACUGCUUCAAGGACUGGCUUCUGUGCGGGUUCGUGGAAAAAUUCGACACCCAAUCGUUUUGCUCGUCAAACUGCUUCUUGAUCUGUAAUCCGUUUACGAAGCAAUGGAUCGCCCUUCCCCUCGCGCCUCCACGGUCCGUGCUUGCCGGGUUGGUCUCAAGGUUAGCCUGCCAGCCGUGCGAUGAUGAUCUUCAUUUCGACGAGUAUCGGUUUCGAGUGGUGUGUAUUUAUGAAUGGGGAAGAAUACUACCGUAG